AUGGCGCCCGAAACGAAAUAUCCCCCUCACGAGAUUGACCGCACUCCCGAGUACGAGGAGUUUAUGACCAAACUGCGCGCCUAUCAUCAGCAACGAGGUACCACGCUUGACCCAGAACCCAAGUGCUCAACAGUAAAUCUCGAUCUCUACAAGCUCUUCAACCUGAUUGUGGAGGAAGGCGGCUACGACGAAGUCAGCGACAGGAAACUUGCCUGGCGCGAGAUGGUCGAGAAGCUCGGCAUCCCUAUGACCAGCAUCGCAUCCACCGCCUAUCAACUCAAAGACCGCUACCUGAAGAACCUGGCCGCAUACGAGAUUAGCACCAUCCACGGAAAAGAGCCCCCGCCAAAAGACAUCCUCGAGGACGGCACGGCCAAAGGUGGAUCGCUUCUGACCCGAACGCGAGAAAACUAUCGCAAGCAGGACUUCGCUGGUGACUCGGCUGCUUCGGGAGACGACGGCACACCGUCGCGCGAUCGCCCUUCUGGCCCAGAGACCACGCCUGUCGGCUCCAGCCUACGCGCCUCGCGCGGAUUGAGAGAGGCCCCUCCGCAGAGAGUCAUCUUCCAGCCCGACACGGGCCCGACUCGCACCCGCAACGCCUCGGGAGCACAGACUGGACAGACCAGUCAACCGACGUCCCAGCAUCACUCCAACUCCCAGAGCUCGGGUCAAUCCAAUACACCAGGGCACUUCCCAUCGGCGCAUCCCACUUCUGUGCCCAUGUCAGGCCAGCAGCGCAUCCCUCGCGGGCCGAGUGGGGCCUUUAACCCCUCGAACUCGGAGAAUGUGGCCUCUGCUGUUGAUACGUACCAGCCCAAGUCGCUCCAAGCUCUCCCGCCUCUGGUUCUCAGACCCGUCGACACGCCAGGCAACAAUCCUGCAGAGUUCGCUAGGCGCCGACAGCUGGCGCGGCAGAGGCUGCAACCCCCCGAGCUGCCCCAUGGGACACCAGGACUGCGCAAGGACGGUGCUGGUAUUUACCACCGAUGCCUCAUGGGUCUGCGAUCGAAGAUCUUGGCUGAGCAGGAAUAUGCCGUGCAUCACUUUGUUAAGAUCUCAUAUGAAAGAGGUGAUAAGUUCAAGUUUGAGCAGUUCGCAGGCCUGGCAGAUGCGCUCGUCGAAAAGGCGCUUGAUGUCGGCAACCUUUUCUAUGAUAUCAAGUGGGAGAUCUCGUGGGUUCCGGUCCCCAACAACGCUGGGCCCGGCGUCCUCGAUGGCGAGAACGGGACGCCCGAUAUCCUCGACCGCAUCAGCAAACUCACCCCCAAACCCGUCUCAGAUCUCAUCCAGCCUGCCGACUUUUCAGACGCCCUUCGGUGCAUCUCUGAGGCCGUCCUCACGAUUCGCAACAUGGUCACGCUCCAGGACAAUGCUCACUUCGUGUCCGACCUGCAGCCGCUGAAAGACCUGAUCUGCAUCAUCUUGAGGCUUCCCACACAUAACAGCAUCGUUGAGCUGAAGCACAUGGCGCUCGAGAUCACAGAGUGUCUCACGCCUUACAUGUCUCUCGGAUCGGAUGAUCCCCUCUACCAGGUGCUCCUAGAGCAGCUCAAGUCAACAGACCGCGGUAUGAUUCUCGGCGGACUUCGCGCCCUCGGCCGCAUCUCGAUGAAGCUGGCCAACACCAACAAGCUCAGCAAUGUGCCCGCCGAGACGCUAGAGAACAUUACGCGCUGGCUGCAGCUCAACGACGACGACUUGAUGGACGCGUGCCUGGACUUCCUGUACCAGUACACGGCCGUUGCCGCCAACAUUGAUGACCUGCUACGGUUCGUCAGUGCCGAAAGCCUGGUCAUCCACCUCGUCCGCCUUCUCUCGCAUGGCGCCAAGAAGGUUACGCGCGAAGUUGUCAUUGUGCCCGAACUCAAGACGCCGCCCAACGACUACGCCGCACCCAUGCCGACAGACCUUCUGCAGGAGCUCUUGGCCAUUGGCGAGCCCGAACGCUGCCAGGCGUGGGUCAAGUGCUUCUUCGAGGAGGAUAAGGACUCGUUCGUCACGCAGAUCAUGGCCUGGCAGGCCUACCAAGCAGCAUUUGUAUCGGCUCUUAAGACGUCCGGACAGACGCUCAUCACGCCCGCAGAUUUCAUCCGCAAUGCCACCAUUGUCUACAAGGAGUCGCGCGCCGAGGUGCUCCGCGUGUCCAACGCCGGCGAGACGCAGCAAAAGUUCAUCAUCCAGGGCCUGCGCGCCCGCGAGAACCCCGUCGGCCUCGACGGCAAGGACCCUCAGCAGAUGGGCGUCCAUAUUCUGACCCACCACCUCGGUAUCGCCAAGAACGCCGCCGGCUCCUUUGACAAUGUCGAGCUGGAGUGCCGCUGCCAGUGGGGCGAAUGCAAAAAGUUCCCCGAGCCCACCACCAUGAAGCUCUUCCAGAUCGCGCACCACAUCUCCGUCCACGCAAGCAUCGCCUUCCCGCGCAAGACGGCAGCUGACGGUGACGCCGCCCAGGCGCCGACACGCGACUGGCUCAAGCCCGCCGUGACCAAGUCGGUCGACUACGAGGAGACUGCCAUGGUGCGCGAUGAGCGCAACCCCAACGCGCCGCUCCAAGCCGCCGGCAUCCCGUUGAGUGCGGCUCUCAUCCUGAGGAACAUUGCCCGGAACGUUCCUAAGACGCAGUCCGAGGCUGAGCUGCUGCGGCACUACGAGGGCGGUUGGAACGAGCGGCUCUUCCGCUGCGUGCGCCCGCGGCUGUUUGAGCUCAUGGGGCUGAACAAGGGCCUGGCCGAGUACAUUGCCUCCAUCAUUGAGCUCGUGGAGCCAGAGACUGAUAACUAG